AUGGAAGUGCAGAACCAGACACGGGUCACCCAGUUCAUUCUAGUAGGGUUCCCAGGGAACUGGGGCACACGGGUAGCCAUGUUCCUGAUGUUCCUCGUGGCCUAUAUUUUGACAGUGGCUGAAAACACCAUCAUUAUCCUGCUGGUGCAGCAAAACCGGCCACUGCACAAGCCUAUGUACUUCUUUCUGGCCAACCUGUCCUUCCUGGAGACCUGGUACAUCUCCGUGACUGUACCCAAGUUGCUGUUUAGUUUCUGGUCUGUGCGCAACAGCAUCUCCUUCAUGCACUGCAUGAUACAGCUUUACUUUUUUAUCGCGCUCAUGUGCACAGAGUGUGUGCUUCUGGCUGCCAUGGCCUAUGACCGCUACGUGGCCAUCUGCCGCCCGCUGCACUACCACACCGCUAUGAGCCAUGGGCUCUGCUUCCGCCUGGCUCUUGCCUCCUGGGCCAUAGGCUUUGGCAUCUCCUUGGCUAAGAUCUACUUCAUCUCUCGCCUCAACUUCUGCGGCCCCAACGUCAUCAAUCACUUCUUCUGUGACAUCUCUCCCGUGCUUAACCUCUCCUGCACUGACAUGUCCCUGGCUGAGUUGGUGGACUUCAUCCUGGCUUUGGUCAUCUUCCUCUUCCCCUUGUCUGUCACUGUCCUGUCUUAUGGCUGCAUCCUGGCCACCGUUCUGCGCAUGCCCACGGGAAAGCAGAAAGCCUUCUCUACAUGCGCCUCCCACCUCGUGGUAGUCACUGUCUUCUACUCAGCCACGAUUUUCAUGUACGCCCGGCCCCGAGCCAUCCAUGCCUUCAACAUGAACAAAGUUAUUUCCAUCUUCUAUGCCAUUGUCACCCCUGCUCUCAACCCUUUCAUUUAUUGCCUAAGGAACCGAGAGGUCAAGGAGGCUCUGAAGAAACUGGUCUACUGCCCGGCCAUCUGCUCUGAGUCAUCUGUUACAAAUGGCUAG